AUGCUGCAGAAAAUCUCGCAAAGAACUGCCGAGUUACGUGAGCUCAAGGUCGAGCGUGAAGCGCGCUUGGCAGAGAUGCUAGGGGAGAUCCAGGACCUGUGGCGGGAAUUGCAGAUCCCCGAAGAAGAGCGGAAUCGCUUCCGCAAGACUGUUCAUGGAGUUGGCAACGCUGCUCUCGCGUCUUGCGAAGCUGAGUUAACAAGGCUUCACCGCCAUCACAAGCGAUUCGCCGCAACUGCUGCCCAAGUAACGAACUUGCGCAACGCAAUUGCAGAGUACUGGGAUUUACUAGGGUACAGCUCCGACCAGCGCUCGUACUUCGCCUCUAUGAUGAAGACGCCGCAUUCAGAGCUGUCUUACAGGGUCUUCCGCGCGCACGAGAAAGAAGCCGAGCGACUGAAGCGUCAGCUGUUCGGAAUGAGGGUCCUCACAAGUUAUGUUGUCAAGCGCGAAGAAAUUCUUCAAGCCCGCGCCGAGCAUGGCGCCCCCGACGACAUAACACGACUUCGCAUUGAGCGGGAGCUGCCGAAGUACACCGCGAUACUCCUCAAGCGCAUUGCCAUGUGGGAGAAGGAGGCGGGGGUCGUCUUCUGCUGGAACGAUUUCUAA